GGGUUUCCCUCUCUGCCCACCAAGCCCGAGGAGGGAGGGAGAAAGGGAGGGAGGGCGCCUCCUCUCUCGUGGUUAAGGCAGCACAAGCUCUGUUUCCACAAGUGGAAGAACACGAGGUGAGUUUGCAUCACGAAAAGCCCCGUGCAAGCCCAUGCGCCACCCCGACCGACAGCGGCGUGCACCGGGACACGAACCAUUGGAUUUAUGCCUCCGGGAUGACAAAACCCAGGGCUGAAUUCCACAAUGUUGAGAGGAGUGGCUCACAGUGCCAAAGGUACAUUUGUUCUUCUGUUGACAAGAUCUCAGCACUGCAACCUGGGACUGAACUGUUCAUCAGCAGGGACUGAAGCAGCAAACAGAAGCUUUCUGGGACAUUCCAGUUACACAACUGAUAGGAAAUCAGGAGAGGAAAACCAAAAAACCAUUCAGAGUCUCUACGAACUCUCAGUCGACGUCAAGAAAGUACGGAGACUGAAGGAAUGGGUCCUUCUCCAGGACGUAGCCUAUGUUAAAGAAAUUGCUGCUAUCUUACAGGAAAUGGGAGCAGAUGAGACCUCUGUAGCCAGCAUUUUAGAACGCUGCCCAGAGGCGAUUCUCCGUACACCUGCAGAGAUCAACUCUCAAAGAACUCUGUGGCAAUUAGUAUGCCAGAAUGAAAAACAGAUGAUUAAAUUAAUAGAGCAAUUUCCAGAGUCUUUUUUUACUACUAAAUACCAUGAGAACCAGAAGGCAAAUAUACUGUUUUUUCAAGAGCUGGGACUUAAGAAUAAUAUAAUCACCAGGUUCUUGACUAGCGCACCCAAUAUUUUCUACAACCCUGCUGAGAAAAACAAAGAUGUGAUAGAGACAUUACAAAGAAGUUACUUAAGUUUAGGAGGUUCUGAUGCAAAUAUGAAGAUCUGGAUAAUGAAACUGUUGAGCCAAAAUCCAUUUAUUUUACUAAACACCUCCACUGCAAUCCAGGAGAACUUGGAAUUUCUCCAGAAGAAUGAUUUCACAGACCAGGAAGUUCUACAGCUGCUGUCCAAACUUAAAGGUUUUAUUUUUCAGCUUACUCCUACUACAAUGCAGAAGAGUAUGGUUUUUUCCAAAAAUGCCUUUAAGUGCAAUGACCAAGAAUUGAAACAGCUCGUGCUGAAAUGCCCAGCCCUUCUCUACUAUUCUGUUCCAAUUUUGGAAGAAAGACUUCAGGGCCUCCUGAAGGAAGGAAUUUCCAUAGCACAGAUUAGGGAGACACCAAUGGUGCUGGAAUUGACAACACAAAUUGUUCAGUACAGAAUUAAAAAACUCUCUGCUUUGGGAUAUGAUAUAAAGAGUGGAACGCUAGAAAGCUUGAAUGGCACUAAGAAAGAUUUUGAAGUCAAUUAUGGCAAAAUACAGUCAAAGAAGGAGAGACCCAUUUUUAAUCCUGUUGCCCCUCUAAACAUUGAAGAUUAGUUUGAAUGCUGUCCUUUUAAUUUACAGAAAGUCACCAAAGAGGGAAGACACGUUGCUUCUUUGAGAAGAGCCAAAUCAAAAAUCAUCUUAACCAGAUUGUAGUUGGACACUGUACUGUGUCCUGGAGUGGGUCUUGGAUACAAUUCAGUUAUACAGUUGUAGCUUUCUAAUGCUUUCAAAUAAUUUCACAGAAUCUGGUUAUGAUAUGCAUUUCCUUGUUAUCCCAAGGUGUUCCCCCUGUUUUGGGUUUUUUUUGGUUUGUUGUUUUGUUUGUUUGUCUGUUACAUUUCCUUACCUAACAGAACAUUAAAUACUUUGAAUUUUAAGCUCUGUCACUGCCCAGUCCCCCCUGUGGUGGUGACAAGUGCAACUGUUAUCUGAGAAAGAGGAAAGGAGCCUGAUUUUUCCAGCAGUGUUCAUCAAUUGCUGGUUUACUGAUUUGUGGAGAGUCUUUGGAGUUCUGCUCCUUAUUGCUGAGAUAAGUAGCGCUGGUUCCCAGACCCAGAACUGCAGCAGACUUUACUUUUUAGAGAGGAGAAGCGAGAUGGAGCAGUCUGAGAGCAGGGGCAGGACUUAACAUUUUUACUCAGCUACAGUGAAGCCCUAGUAUGUUUAUGUACAGAAGAAACAAGACAACCUACUUUACAUUCCUGAGACUUCAAAACUUACUUCUUUUGCAAAAGGUCUCAAAUGAUUGUAGGAGAAAGUAAGGCUUUUGUAUUAGGUGUAACAAAACCUUAGUCUGUAAAACACAGAUGAUUAAAAAUGACUACCAGAUCUGCAAA